AUGGAGGCGGUACGAACGGAGCUGCAUGUGAUUAGUGAGGUACGCUUGCAGAGAUCUGGAAAAGAAGUGUUCAUACCGAGUUUUUCAGCCGAGCAUAACCCUCCGUCAGUAUACGUUGACUUGGGUUCUGUCGAGAACCACCCUGCUCCUGACACGUUUGAGAGGAAACUGAAAGCUGCUGUGUUGAGGAAUGGAAGCACUUCGCACGUAGGGGCAACGGCGGUCGGACAAGCCGGAGUCGGAAAGACGUGUGCACUACGAGCAAUUUCGCUUGACAGGGAGAUUGUUGCGCGCUUUCCAGGUGGAGUGUAUUUUUCAACUCUGGGGCAAGACGCAAGAGAAGGGCAGCUGAAACAAGAACUUUGCAAUGCUGUCAAAGUGUCUGGGGGACGUGAAGAAGGGGGCAGGUUGUCUAAGGAGGCGGACCUUAACGUUGUUCUAGCAGGGGUGCAGAGCUGGUUUGCGAAUCGGGUAUGUCUGUUUAUUUUCGAUGAUGUGUGGACGCGCAACAACAACGAUAAGAAGAUUCUUCUAAAACUGUCUCGACUUGCGAACACGGCAGUGAUCGACGGAGAGCCAAGGAGCAGGGUUCUGUACUCUACGAGAGAUCCGAGCCUGACACAUCUCGGGGAGCCAGUGAGGUUCAGUGCUCGAGAAAAUCGAGGGGAAGCUGCGCGCAACAUACUGGUUCAUACGAGUGGGGCGUCGCUUAGUGAAGUGGAGAAUGAGAUAUCGAGAGAGGCAUUUUGCGAGAUUCUUGACACAUGCCGUGGGUUGCCACUAGCACUGAAUAUUGCAGGAGUUAACGUGAAGCAAUGGAGGGGAGAUCGUGUUGGGGAUAUACCAGAGUUAUGGGUGUCGUACUUGCAGCAGAUCGAAGAAGACAAGGAGCCUAGAGCGAUAGGUGCAAAGGAACCAGAGGACGAGUAUGAAUCGCUACACACAAUGCUUCGUUCGUCCAUACGAAGUCUGGACUCAAAUGGGAGGCGAGAAGGUGUAUCAUUUGGUGAAAUGCACCGGGGAUUGUGUGUGAUGAAGAAACAGGAUGUGAUUCCUCUUACUGUGUUGAGAGAUUUGUGGGAAACGGGAGAUGUGAGGUCGGCAGAAAAGUAUGCAAGAGAGAUGAACAGCGUUGGGCUGGUUGACAUUCAUUUCGAGGUAAAGUCGAAGAGCGUGGAGAUGGGGGUACGUCUUCAUGACCUCACGCAUGAUUUCGCAAUGCAUGAAGCCAAGCAGAUGGAAGGCAGCAGUUGGAAUCAAAAGUGGUAUCGGAAGGUAGUGGAUAGCUAUCGGAAAGAAAGAGAAGUGGUGGAAGCAGUAGUGGAGGAUCAAGGGGCUCAGGCAAGUGACGCAAGGGAGCAGUACUUUUUCGAGAAUAUUUGCCGUCUGUUGUUGAAAGGAGAGAUGAUGAAUGAGCUGCGUGGUUUACUUGUUAGUGCGCGGUGGGUAAUUAAAGUUUUGUUGAGGAAGGCUGUGUGGCAACUGGAGGCAGCCGUGAAAGAUGUGACUGAGGUUUCGCGUCAGGGGACAGGGACAAUUGGAACCGCUGGAACCGCUGAAGACGAGGGGUUAUCGACAAUAGGAUUGGUGAUGAAAGCUGCGCGUUUGAGUGCACCAUUUUGUGACGAACACGUGGCGGGUAUCUGCUUUCAGCUUUACGAUAGGACGAUGCACAAGCGGGAAUUGAGAGGCGUAGAGGCGUUCUUGUCGGAGAUCAAGCUGUUUGCGCCUCAGCCAUGGCUGCUGCCAUUGCGUCCAUGUCUACCUAGAGCUGGUGAGAGGUUGUUAGAGACGUUCAAGACUCCAGCUCUUUUGAGAAACGUGGCAUUCGAUUCAGACGGUACGGUGGUAGGAUGGGCUUAUGGUGGGGAAGUCACGGCAGCGUUGAAAGUAUUCACAUUUACUCAACAGGGUUCUGUUGUAAAAAGGAUUUCCAACAAUGUGUAUGGGGGUUGGCGGUCGGACGAGGGAGAGACCGUGAUGCAAGAAGAAACGGAAACAGAAAUCUCCAGGCCGUGUCAAGUGUUGGAAGAGGGACGAGAAGCGGCGCAAGGUAGUCUUUGUCAAGAUGAGGCAUCAGCAGAAGUGGCCAGGCCAAGUGUGGAAGUGCCGGAGGAACGAUUGCAACGGACGGAGAGAAAGAAUUGGAUUGCAAGAGUUGGGCAUGACAUUAAGAAAAAAGUGGGGGCAUGCUACUGCUUACGGAAAGGUUGUGAAGUUGUCAGCACUAGUGAAAACGUUGCACAGGACUCUGAAUCACGGAUACGCAGCACGAGUGGACUUUCAGGAGCUGGUAGAGUUAGUGCAACUGGAGCGCAUGAUAGUGUGAGCGGAAGCUCUGGGGCUGAAAGCGAGGGCGGAACAUCAAUAUCUGAAAGCGUGACCCGAUGUAUGGGUAGGAGGGUGACGGCAGCUUUUGUUUCUGGAAACGGCAGCCAUGCCAUUCUGGGGUACGACAACGGGGCCGUCGUUGUUUUGUGUAUGAAACGCAAAGAAAUCAUUCAAUGCUUCAAAGGCCAUUUGGAUGAGAUAACUGCUGUAGCUAUGAGCGGGGAUGGGAAACGCGUUGCGUCAGGAUCAUAUGACGGAACAGAGAGAGUGUGGAAUGUUGAGACGGGGCUUCAAAUCGGGGACACAAUGACCGGACACACGGCUCGUGUAAUGAGCGUGGCGAUGAGCGGGGACGGGAAGCGGGUUGUGUCGGGGUCAUCUGACAGGACGGUGCGGGUGUGGGACGGUGAGACGGGGUGUCAAAUCGGGGAAACAAUGACCGGACACACAGCUGGGAUAACGAGCGUGGCGAUGAGCGGGGACGGGAAACGGGUUGUGUCGGGAUCACAUGACAAGACGGUGCGGGUGUGGGACGGUGAGACGGGGUGUCAAAUCGGGGAAACAAUGACCGGACACACGCGUGGGGUAAUGAGCGUGGCGAUGAACGGGGACGGAAAACGGGUUGUGUCGGGAUCAUGGGAUAACACGGUGCGUGUGUGGGACGGUGAGACGGGGUGUCAAAUCGUGGAAACAAUGACCGGACACACGGAUUGGGUAAGGAGCGUGGCGAUGAGCGGGGACGGGAAACGGGUUGUGUCGGGGUCAUCUGACAGGACUGUGCGGGUGUGGGACGGUGAGACGGGGUGUCAAAUCGGGGAAACAAUGACCGGACACACAGCUGGGAUAACGAGCGUGGCGAUGAACGGGGACGGGAAACGGGUCGUGUCGGGGUCAUCUGACAGAACGGUGCGAGUGUGGGACGGUAAGACGGGGUGUCAAGUCGGGGAAACAAUGACCGGACACACGGAUUGGGUAAGGAGCGUGGCGAUGAACGGGGACGGAAAACGGGUUGUGUCGGGAUCAUGGGACAAGACGGUGCGGUUGUGGGACAGUGAGACGGGGUGUCAAAUCAGGGAAACAAUGACCGGACACACGGAUUGGGUAAGGAGCGUGGCGAUGAACGGGGACGGGAAACGGGUUGUGUCGGGGUCAGAUGACAAGACGGUGCGGGUGUGGGACGGUGAGACGGGGUGCCAAGUUGGGGAAACAAUGACCGGACACACGGCUGGGAUAACGAAUGUGGCGAUGAGCGGGGACGGGAAACGGGUUGUGUCGGGAUCAUGGGACAAGACGGUGCGGGUGUGGGACGGUGAGAGGGGUGUCAAAAUCGGGGAAACAAUGACCGGACACACGGCUGGGAUAACGAGCGUGGCGAUGAGCGGGGACGGGAAACGGGUUGUGUCGGGGUCAUCUGACAGAACGUUGCGGGUGUGGGACGGUGAGACGGGGUGUCAAGUCGGGGAAACAAUGAUCGGACACACAGAUCGGGUAACGAGCGUGGCGAUGAGCGGGGACGGGAAACGGAUAUGGUCUCGGGGGGCAGGUGGAACACUGCGGGGUUGGAAACAGAGGUCGAGUGUGUUGGAUAUGUCGAUGACCGAAAGCGGUAUAUGGGUGCUAGAAACGUGCGGCAUUUGUGAGGUGAGCGACAAGGUAAUCCUCAAACAGGGCGACGGUUCCGAAAUCACACUAGCCCACCUCGAAUGUUCGGUAAUGGACUUCGUGGUGAAUAUGGAGUGUGAGACUGUAGUUGUUGGUAUCAGAAACGGCUCGGUCGGUAUCAUGUCGGUUAUCAGCUCUGACGAUGCGAGUCGGUAGGAUAGGAUUAGUGUGGUAAAAUCUGUUCUGAUGGUGUUU